CCCAGCGCCAUGUAGUCAGCGCAAUGGCACUCACCUAUACGGUUGUCUGUCUGCUCGCCGGUCUCUUUCUGCUCGGCCUGGUGCGUGCGGAGGUGGGCCUGUCCCAAAGGCAGCAUCGGCUGGGGGCUUCCUACCCGUCAGCCGGCUACAAGCCAGCCAGACAGUUCAGACUGCCGGCUGCUCAGCCGAAGCCUGCUCGCCUGGUGGCGAACAGCGAAGCGCAGGAGGACCUCGAUGACGCCGCUGAGGAGUUGACCCCGCGACCCAACGCCGCUCCAGCUCCAACUCCAGCUCCGGUCCCUGCUGCAGUUCCAGCCAUCGCGGGGACUCCCACCAUUGCCUACUAUCCGGCCGGAGCCAUUGGAUUCGUUCACCCGGCGACUUUUGCUAAAAUUAUCGCCGCACCCCAGCCGGCGUCCGCUUACGGGGCCACGCCCCAGUACUACGCCGCCUACUUGGGCUAA